AUGGGCUACAGUAACAGAAAUAGAAGCGCUCUGACAACUGAGCGGUUGCACCCCCCGGCGGCUCCGCUUCGGUUUUUCCGUCCAACGAAAGCAGCUCUCCAAAAUUUAAUUUUUUUUUUCGAAAAUCAAAGCGGUGUGAACCUUUCUGAAGAUCAUUAUCAAAAAAGAUCAAACUAACGUGAUUCAAAGCAUUUCUUUAACGUUUUCUUCAGCAGGAUGGUAGAGGAAGCUGCAAACGUCAUUAAACAAUCAGACACUGAAUUGAUUGUCAUUCCACAGCCGAUUUCAGAGGUUCAAUUAAAUAAAGUUCCAAAAGAAAAAAAAAACUUCAGACACUUGCUUCUCGUAUAAAAAUGUACACAGUUUUACUGAAAGACAGUUGUCCUUGUGCCAAGGUUUGAAAAUCAAAUUUUUGAAAAAACAAUUUUGGGUCAUGACCCUGACGUCAGGCUGGAGCUGUUCACUAUUUUCGUCAAUUUUUUAGUACGGAUCAGAACGCAUUGCCAAAAGAAGUCGAUUUUUAUAAAGACAUUGUAAGAAGAAUUGAUAAGAUGGACACCUUAACUUUUCGAAAAUUGAAGAUAGAAGAGCUGGUGAGAAUAAUCGGAUGUAAAUUGGCGAGCGACGACGUCAAAUUCGAAGCCACCUGGGCACUAACCAACCUCAGCUGCAUCGGCCAGGAGAUCAAUCACAAACUAGUCAAGACGGUUCGGGCAAAGGAAGCCUCUGCUUUGAACUGAUAGUGCAGAGCUGCUUCCGCACUCUGAUGCAGAACAUGACGUCUUCACACAGUCGUCUGGCCCUGCAAAGCGUUUGGGUCGUCGCCAAUAUCGCGGCGGAUUGUCGCGAAUGCCGCGAUAAGUGCAGGACGUCCAGGAUGAUGAAGGUUCAAUACAUUUCACCAAAAUAAAAGCGCUUUUAACUUUGAUGCACCUUUUGUAAUCCACCAUAUCUCAAAUCUUCGUGAAUGAAGUAACCUUUGCAGCUGCUCGCUCACAAACUCAACGACCGCUCAUUAUCGACAAGCAAUCUUCAAACGGUCGUGUGGUGCGUUCAAAACAUUGUUCAAGGAGGGAGAGUCUCGAUUUCAAAAUCGGUCAGUCAACAUUAUUUGGAGAAACUUUGAGAAACUCAAAAUUGAGACGGCCGACUGCGUUGUCCGGGCUUUGAACUCGCGGCUGAUUUCUUUCGACGACCAACUGAGCACUCAGGCAAAUGCAAUCCUCUGGUCUCUAGCCCACAUGGCCGACGACGUCAACGACUUCAGCAAGGUUUGAACUCUUCAACUUGCGGGAAGCGGUGUAGAAAUUCAUAUUUUGAAAAGUCUGAUCUGUCCGUAAAAUUGUUUGUUGCUGUCGUGGUCAGUAAAAAAGGAAAAUAACAUUUAAAAAAAGCAAAAAAGGGAAAAAAAAGCGCGGACACGUCAGACUUUUUCAAGCCGUUGCGAAUCAAGUAUACUUUUGCAGAUUCAAAUAAUAACGAGACAACCGAGGUUGUUGGAAAACGUCAUGAUGAUAUUUCUGGUCAGUUUCAUUAUGAUUACAGUUGAAAAAAAAAUUGUUUCGCAACAAAAUCUGGCCGCAAGUGGAAGUUAAGUCACUCUGAUUUUCUAGUCAAAGCUUUGAGCUUCAACCAAGAUUUUUCGGUCGACUGCAUCUUUAUAGUGAAAAAGCUUUACGGCGGAGCCACUGCCCGUGUGACGAAUUUAUUUCAAAUGAAAAAAAUUGACACCCCGAUCCUCGUUAAGGACGAAAGCCUGAAGCAUUUGCACGUGCCAGCUCUGCGGCUUCUUGGGAACAUCGCUGUCGGGACAGACAGUCAGACAGACACACUCCUUGGCUUUCCACAGAUGGAGAACGUCAUCGUGAGUUUGAUCUCACAAGGGAGGUCAUUUUAGUGUUUGGAAUUUUUUCAAAAUUUACUCAAACACUCGCUGAAAGUCUGGUGUAGGAUUCCUGAAACCUGUGAGAACUUCUAGUUUUUGGAACACAUACUCUCAAAGUUUUCGUUGGAAACGAAAUGAGGCCCCACUCACAUUCUGAAACUUUAAAAAUUCACAGCUCCAAAGUAUAAGUUUGCACAGGGAGAUUUUUCUAGGUUUUCAGGGAAUGUUUGAGCAAGUUUUAAAAAAAACAAAAAAUGACACAAAGAUGCUUCAGGGCGUCGCGAUGGGCAGCGAAAGGCAUCGUUGUGAAAUCGCAUGGAUCUGCUCGAAUAUCGCCGCUGGACAGCAUCGACACGUCAAAUAUCGUAAGAAAUAGACGUUGUGUCUCUAUCAACUGUAAAGCAUUUCUUCUUUUGGGAUAGAAAGCUAAAUUAUUUUAUUAACUAUGAAAAGUGAGAAAAAACAGUAGCGAAGAAUAAAAUGAAAUUAAAAGCUUCAAAUAUUCUUUUAUUUCAACUGCACUUUUCCCAGUGAUGAGCCACGACAACUUCUACAUCUGGGUAUUGGAAGGCAUCCAUUCAACUCAUACUCGUUUCCGCAAAGUUUCCGUUCAAAGGGACUUCAUCCGAAUCUAAAUCUUUCCAGGAGUGUCUCUGGAUUGUUGCCAACCUUUUGUCGACUGCUGAUGACGAAACUUACAACUGGCUGGUGUCUCAGGUCUCCAUAUUUGAGAAAAAAGGAUAAUGAGCUUCUAUUGAAGGGAGUUUGCAUGAUUCUGCCGGCUCUGAUCCAAGCCGAAGACAUCAGACUCAACGAGAAAGCUCUCGCGGCGGCUGUCAACAUUCUUCGAAGAUGGCCUUACCAGGUGAAAAACAAAUCAAGCAAUAAACUUAUAAGGGAAGAUCUCAUCUCACCAUGAGACUUUUAAGUAAUUCGGCCCCUUCAGACGUGAAAUUUGUGCGUUUUUAAUUGUUUUGCACCUUUCAUUUCGCUCAAACAUAUUGAGCUUAUGAUUUAUUGCGAAGGUCUGAAACAUUUUCAUAGAUUCUAAAGUUGAAAAAUGUUUCUAAAUGCUUUCCAUAUUGGGUUUUUAGAGCCCCUGUGGUACCAGAAAAAGUGAUCUUUGAACCAACAUAGGGUGUCCUUCAUAAUUGAUUAGGUUUCAAAAAACCGGCUCGAAAAAUGAAAAAAAAAUUUAACAGAGGCCCAUUUACUAUAGUUAUAUCAGUAUUACAGUAUGCGAUGCUAGAACAGCUGAAAAUCCUGUCCCACAUCAACCCAGACCUCCUGGCCGAAGAUGCUCCUGACAUGGUACUUGAAGGGAUUCAGAGUCUUAUUCCGAUAGAACUUCAGAUCUUAACUCACAAAAGAACCAUCGAAGGGAUUCUAAACGCCGAGGCGCAGAAGCGGCCGGCCAGCGACGCCUUCGUCUCUUACUCGACCCUCGACGACGUCACGUCCGAUUUCCUCAAACUCUCUUCUCGAGCACAGAACUCAGAUGUUUCUAAAUGA